AAUGGUCAAGUGAAUGCACAAAUGUUUACUGUCCCCACGGAAAUUGCAGAAAUGGCCGCAAUUAUAUUGGGAUUUUGCAAAGACCGAGCUAUUCAAACCGAGGAUUGUGCCGAAUCUGAUCAACGAUCAGUAGUGAUCCAUUCCGACCCCAGUCCAAUGAUUGCACUGUCUCCGGAACUGGCAUUCCUGGUCCGUUACGCCGAAUUGCAACAGUGUUUUAUCGAUGGUAAUGUAGAAGGUGCAGUGGAUCGAUUGAUCGAUCUUUUAGUAACUGGUUCCGGUGGUCCCGGUUCUAUUCCGGUGAUUGGGUCCAGUUCGUCGGACAACGGUGGCAGUUGUGCUAAAGUUUCUACCCGACUGCGUUUACGCCUCCUAUCCGAAGUGAACCAUCUUCUUGGAAAGCAAUGCGUUCGUCGAGAUCAGGUCGAACUGUUACUUUCAGCGCUCACAGAAUUACGUUUGGAACUAUCUGCAGACGAGACUCACACAGCAGUUGAAAAGGACACGGAUUUGUCCAAUCUGCUCGCCCAAUUCCACGUGGCUCUCGUCCGCGAGUUGGCUUCCACAUUUCUGCGUCCCUCGAUCAACACUGAACUGCCUCCGCUGAUGGAUGUAGACGCUAUUUUCUGA